AAUCAGUUGCUACCAGACAUGUUCUCAACUGAUGAAAACACUGAAGUUGAAGAAGGCUUGGGAAGUGUGGAAAACAAAGAAGCUGUCACAAAUGUGUGGAAUGCGUGGGAAGGAAAGUGCAAACCAUGUGUUGAUGACUGUUAUUUAAAAAGCUAUCAUCAGAAUCAGUUGCUACGCAAAGAAGCGGUCACAAAUGGGUGGAAUGCGUGGGAAGGAAGGUGCAAACCAUUUUUGGGUGACUUUCAUUUAAUAAGACAGGGCGUCUAUUGUGGAGAGCUUGAUGAAUAUGCGGAUUGGGAUGAUGGUGAACUUGCCAAGGCAGUGCAAGAACAUUUGAGAAGGGUGGGAAGGUAUCUGGAUAAACAAGCCACUGAGGCAGUGGAGGAAGAUAUCCAUCGUAAACUAAACUUGGGAGAAGGUACGAUGAUGAAGUGAAAGGCACACGGAAGAGGAAAACGUCCUGCGCCUCCAGCUGAUCAGGAUUUGAGAAUUGCAUAUCUAUAUCUAUCUAUAUAAUAAUAUUAUAAAGCAAACGCCUAAAAAAUCCUUUAGAGGAAUUGUUGGCAUGGGAUCCGGCGUCUCUGCCUUGGUUAAGCAGCCAAGGAGGGUGCCUGGCUGUUUUCAUCCAUUAGAUCAAAAAAUGAAGGGUUGAAGAUGAAGGGCUCCAUUUUUUGCACGAAUCUCGAGACCUACUUUUCGAUCUGUGCCGUCCAUUUGAGUAAGGCACCUCUGCCUUAAGGCAGAGGAUCCCAAUCCGUUAGCAUGUAUCAACAUCCUUUGUAUGAAAAAUGACGUGUGGCAACAUAAUAAAUUAAAGAAACCACUAUUCAACUUCCAAAACUCUACUCUUAUGUACUCCAAUAUUUAACUAUUUAUAUUUAGGGGAUGAACCUAGUACUAGUACUGUGCUUAUUGUUCUAACUUUGUGCAAUGCAUCUA